AUGCCGGCCGACGAAUCUAAGUCUCGACUCAGCGAGUCGGCGUACAACUCGCCUUACUCACGCACCGGUGCCCCAGGCCCGCAUCCCAAUGUUGAUCCUUACGCACUUCUGCGAGGCCGCGCGCUGUCGACCCUGGAGGCCAUGGGAUUCGAUCCCGAGACCAUGGUCGAGCGCGGAGUCCUUUGGGCCGAAGACCAGGACCCUUUUGGCCAUGUUACACAGUCGCAAUACAUGCAUUUCAUAGGCACCUGCUUCCAUCGCGUUAUGGAAAGCUACGACGAAUUCCUCACCGAGAAAGAGUACGAUGAUAUGAUUAAAGCCAGGUCCGUUAUUCCUGCCGUGCGGAAAUACAACCUAGAUAUCCGUAGGCAGGUCCAAUACCCUGACUCACUUAUUGUCGCCUACCGACAGGAUCGUAUUGAACCGACCCGCAACUCUGGUACGACCAUUCUUUUUUCCCUGAAACAGCAAGCCAUCGUCGCCGAGGUAAAAGGUUCCGUAACCUAUAUGAACGCCGCGACUGGCCGUCCGCUUGACAUCCGCACCCUUGGCGGUGGAUGGCACAAGCUGUACGAGGGCUUUACUACCAAGUCGCACAAGGCAGCUACCCUCAAGGCAAAGUGGGACAACGAGCAUCCCAAGACUCGAUCUAGUGCACAGUCGAAAAUCUAA